AUGGGAACAAGGACGGACAUGGCUGCCUCCAGCCAGCCCCACCAGGACACCUACGAUGCCAUCGUCAUCGGGGCCGGCAUCCAGGGCUCCUUCACUGCCUAUCACCUGGCCCAGCGCCACAAGGACACCCUCCUGCUGGAGCAGUUCAUCCUGCCCCACUCUCGAGGCAGCUCACAUGGGCAGAGCCGCAUCACCCGCAGUGCCUACCCCCAGGUGCCCUAUGCCCGCAUGAUGCCCGACAGCUUCCGCCUCUGGAAGCGGCUGGAGAACGAGGCCGGCACCAGCCUGUACAGGCGGACGGGGCUGGUGGUGCUGGGGCCGGCGGGUGACCCACAGCUGGAGGGCUGCCGCCAGAGCCUGGGGGACAACCACGUCCUUGAUGCCGUGGAGCUGGCCCAGCACUUCCCUGGCCUUCGGCUGCAUGAUGGAGAGGUGGCCCUGUGGGACAGCACUGGUGGGGUGCUGUUUGCUGAGCGGGCACUGCGGGCGGUGCAGGAUGCUUUCCGCAGGCAUGGCGGCACCCUGCAGGACGGGGAGCGGGUGCUGCACAUUGAGCCUGGGGCUGUGCUCACCGUCACCACCACUGCCGGCGUGUACCGAGCCCCCCGGCUCAUCAUCACUGCUGGAGCCUGGACCGGUGCCCUCCUGGCACCGCUGGGUCUGUGCCUCCCGCUGCAGCCCCUGCGCAUUGACGUCUGCUACUGGAAGGAGAAAGAGCCUGGGAGCACAAACAGAGCCUGUCCCUGCUUCAUGACCAUGGGGCUGAGCCAAGCCCCACACGGCAUCUAUGGGCUGCCCGCCCUCGAGUACCCUGGUCUGGUCAAGGUUUGUUACCACCACGGCAGCCCCACGGACCCCGAUGAGCGGGACCGGGUGCCCCCGGGUACCCCCCACCCCGAUGUCACCCUCCUGAGCAGCUUCAUCAGCACCUACUUGCCGGGGCUGGAGCCUUGGCCAGCCGUGGUGGAGACCUGCCUAUACACGAACACCCCCGAUGGAGACUUCAUCCUGGACCGGCAUCCCAAGUACAGCAACAUCAUCAUUGGGGCUGGCUUCUCAGGCCAUGGGUUCAAGCUGGCACCAGUAGUGGGGAAGCUGCUCUGUGAGCUGAGCCUGGGUGAGGAGCCAUCCCAUAGCACUGCUCCCUUUGCCAUCACUCGCUUCCCUGGAGUGCUUCGGGCUGCACUGUAG